AUGGUAGGACCAGUAAGACCUCAAAUUGUGCUGUUUGGUUCUUCCAUUGUUCAACUUAGUUAUAGUGAUGAAGGUUGGGGUGCUAUGCUUACCGACUUGUAUUCUAGAAAGGCAGAUAUAAUUUUGAGAGGAUAUUGUGGUUGGAAUUCAAGGCGUGCUUUGCAGGUUCUAGAUACAAUAUUUCCCAAGAAUGCAGUUGAGCAACCAUCAUUGGUUAUUGUGUACUUUGGGGGUAAUGAUUCUAUUCAUCCACAUACAUCUGGCCUUGGUCCUCAUGUACCCCUCGAAGAAUACAUUGAAAAUAUGCGGAAGAUUAUUCUUCAUCUCAAGAGUCUCUCCAAGAAGACUCGCAUAAUAUUGCUCGGCUCUCCUUCGGUCAACGAGGCACAAAUUCACCAAAGUUUCAGCAAUGUGUUCGGGCCAUUAAAGAGGACAAAUGAAACAAGUAGACUAUACUCAGAAGCAUGUUUGAAGCUCUGCCAUGAGAUGAAUGUCAAGGCCAUUGACCUCUGGUCAGCACUUCAGCAAAGGGACGAUUGGUCAGAUGUUUGCUUUACGGAUGGAAUUCAUUUGUCGCGCGAGGGGAGCAAGAUAGUUGUAAAAGAGAUAUUGAAAGUUCUCGAAGAAUCGGAUUGGGAACCAAAUCUACACUGGAAAUCAAUGCCAAAUGAAUUUGCAGAAGAUUCUCCAUAUGAUCCUGUUGCCGUGGAUGAAAAGACUACUGUAAACAUCUCAAACUGGAGCUUCCAUAAAAAUUUUGAAUGGGAAAAAGCUUUGUGCACUUCCAAACCAUCAAAUGGUCAUCACAUUGAAGAGUCAGCAGCCACAAAACAACAUCAAUAA